CUCUCGCCAGCAGCGCACCGUCUAGGCGGGCCACCUGCCACCUAAAACACCGACCGCUUCCCGCUGCGUGCGGAGCCACCGAGCCCUGUGUCUAGGUCGUUUGGGAAGCGCCUUGGAGAGUCAAGAAUAAAAUUGCAGGUCAAACAAUGGAUGACUGGAAAAGUCGGCUUGUAAUCAAGAGCAUGCUUCCCCAUUUCGCCGUGGUGGGAAAUCGUCAGGAGCCCAGAAAGCUCCAGGAAUCGCCACAGGGAACCGUUAAGAGGAGACAGGAAGGAGAAACUUUCCAGCUUUCAGGCAUGGCCGAAGGAGGUUACCCUAAUAAAAUUAAGAGACCAUGCCUUGAAGAUGUCACCCUUUCGAUGGGCCCCGGCGCCCAUCCCAGCACAGCCUGUGCAGAGCUGCAGGUUCCUGCGUUAGCCAUGAACCCUAGCUCUGCAGCGAUGGGAGCAGCUGGCCAUUCAUUACUACUCGAAAAUAACCCCAUGAACGGCAGCGUAAUGGGCUCACCGUUUGUGGUGCCACCAACUGCGGAAAUGGGACUGAAAGGCCCCCCUCUUUCUUACUAUGACAAGACCAACACUGUGCCUGCUGUGGACCAGGAACUUCAAGAUCUGCUGGAGGAGCUAACAAAAAUUCAAGAACCUUCUCCGAGUGAGCUCGACCUUGAAAAAAUCCUGGGGAGCAAGCCGGAAGAACUGCUGGUCUUAGAUCACCCCCCGGCCACCCUAGGCGUGACUCCCAAGCCUGCGGUUCAGAUGCCACACUUGGAGAGCCUUGGUUCCAGCAAGGACUUCGCUUCGAGCUGCAGCCAGGUCCCUGGGGUGUCGCUGCAAAUCCCGCCCUCCUCCGCGGGGAUCAGCUACGUCAUUCCCUCCACCAGUAAGCAGAUGGUCUCCCCCAGUUCUUCAACAGCACAGGCCAAGAGCCAGGUCCAGGCGCCGCUCCCUGCGGCUGCCUUGCCCCCGCUCCCUGCGGCUGCCUUGCCCCCGCUCCCAGUGCCUCAGUGGCACCACGCCCACCAGCUGAAGGCGCUGGCGGCCAGCAAGCAGGGCUCCAGUACGAAGCAGCCGGGCCCCGCUCCCAGAUGGUCUGGCCUGCCUCUUCCCGGCCUCUCCCCGCCUUACCGCCCGCUGCCCUCACCACAGCCGCUGCAGCCCUUCAGCCCUCAGGGCCUCAUGGUGUCCUGCAUGUCGUCGAGCAGCCUGCCGGCGAGUGCUCUGCAGGCCUCUCCCAAUGCCUUAUUGUCCAGCGUGGCGCCCAGCAGCGGCGCUGCCCUGGGGCCGGCCAUGACCUAUGCCCCCGAGAAGCUCCCCAGCCCCGCGCUCCAGCAGCAGCCGCAGUUCAGCCCGCAGCCCUCCAUCCUCGCCAACCUGGUGUCCUCCACCAUCAAACACCCUCAAGGGCACCUGCUAUCCACUCUGCCCACCAGCAACCCGGGGCCCUCCACUCCCUACCACCCAGAGAAGCUGUCCAGCUCCGGCCUGCCGCAGUGCCCCCUGAUCCGGAGCCUCACUCCCACCAGCAGUCAGCUCAGCCCGCAGCAGCCGCAGCUGCAGCUGCAGCUGCCGCCGCUGCCGCCGCCAGCCAGUACCAUCCUCAAGCCCAUGGCCACCAGCUCACCCAGAACCCUGAGCCUGAUCGCGCAGCAGGGGCUGGCCGGCCCCAGCCUGGGAGCCCCGGAGCCUUUUACUUUCGGCCACACCAAGCCCUUGUCACAUUUCGUCUCUGAGCCGGGCCCCCCGAAGAUGCCCUUGGUGCCUGCCGCGUCUCGGCAGCCUGCCCUGCUCCACUACUUGCAGCAGCCGACGCUGACGCCGGCCUCUUCUGCCACGGUCUCGUCCACGGCCACAGCCAGCUUGCAGCUGCAGCAGCAGCCGGACGCUGCUUCGUUCCUUCUGCAGCACGUGACGCAGCAGCCGCAGCGCGUUCGGCGGUCGGUGGCCUCGGAUUCCAUGCCUUCUCUGCCCAGACAGCAAGAGAAGCAGAUAUCAGGUCUUAUGGCAAUGAUCCCUGAACAGCAGAGAGCAUAUCUCGCCCAACAGUUGAGUCAAUUUCAAGCCGUCCAAGAUCAAGUCACCUCCAAGUGUAGCCGGACCAAGGCAAGCUCCCUACCUAGCCAACCCAUGAUGCCACCCAGAGCUGGGCUCCUUCAGAACAGUCUGAGUCCAGGAAUGCUCCCACCCACCAGGCACCGGAGCCGGGAGGGCGUGGGCCUGAUCUCACCAACUCCAGGCAAGCAGCAAGGGAUUUUCAGCUUCAGCCCCCCGUUUCUCACACCCUUGCACUUGAGCCACAACCCCGCAGGCAGCCUCGGGCCCGUCUGCCGGCGCACGCGGAUUCCCAAGGCCGCCCCCACGGGAGUGCCCCUGCCCGGCUUCUGUCCCAGCCCCCUGGGCAGCCAGCCCCUGAGUCCCCACCAGUCCAGACAGCCCUGCGUGCCGAGAGUGCCCACCGUGCUCCACAGCGCUGCCUGGGUGGCAGCAGCAGCUCUGACCACCACGGUGCUGAGGGAGCCACCCCCGAGCCAAGCAGCCCGUGGCAUCCAGCAGCAUUUCGAGAGCAAUUCCCUCUUUGCCAAGGCCCCCGUGAGAGUCCCCCUGGGAGCCCCAGCGUUUCCUUCACAACAGGCAGUUGUGUCCCCCAGUCAGGUGGCCCCGGGAGGCAGACCCAGCCAGAAGGUGGGUGCUGCCCCCGCCAACCCCAGCUUCAGCCUGCUGGGCCACCAGAGCCUCAGACAGAGCCCGCCGCACGCCACCAAGUCCCUCCAGCAAGGCAUGGCCAGCUUCAGGCCCAUGAGUCCCAUCCAGGGCAUCGAGCCACCAAGCUAUGUGGCUGCCACCGCCACCACCGCCGCCGCCGCCGCUUCCACCGUCGCUGCCAGCCCGUCCCCCGGUCCCUUCAACAGCGUGGGGAGCCCCCCUGAGUUGCCACCCUAUGCCUUGUUGCCCCAGGCCUCACUGAACGAUCUCACCUCACCCCCUGACUGCACUGAGGUGGAUUUCAUCGAAGCUCUCUUGAAAGGCCCCGACGUGAGCCCAGAUGAAAACUGGGUGUGCAACCUGAGGCUGAUCGAUGACGUUCUAGAACAGCACGCUGCUGCCGAAACUGCCGCAGCCCAGAGUGCCGGCCACGUCCCUGAGCAGGCUGGCCACAUCCCGCAGGACGCUGGCGAGCUUUAAAUGCCCAGAGAAACCUCCACGUGGGGAGCGGUGUGAGUCCACAGCAAAUUCGCAGCUGGUCCCACGUAGCCACACGCUUGUUGCCUCAUUACAAUUUGAGGGGCGUCAGCCCACGCCCACCCCUCUCUCUACCUGUGACAAAAUGGAAAGCUGGUGAUUUUUCAAGCUACCUGUACAUACCUGAAAAUUUUGUAAAUGGUUUUCCUAAACAUUCAUGGCAGAAGUAUUUAUACUUCGUUUUGUGACUUUGUAAAUAAAGUGACGGCUUUCCUUUCAGUAGAGCUGUGUUCAUCACGCAUUGUCUGUGUUUAUUGUACAUUGUUGCAAAUACGCAGACUGUGUUCCUCGCUCCAGCCAUACCUUAUCAACCAGGUGGUGGAGUCAUGUACGCUUUAGAUGCAAUGGUGGAUGUGAUCAAGAGGUGUUGUGCAAACUGACGAAUACCAAAUAGAAACUCACUUGGCCAUUUAUUGCCAUUUCCACUGAAACUUCUGUCGCCCUGUGUGGUUCUUAACCUCUUUCGCAAACCUUUCAGUCUCUGCUAGCUCUUUCCUGGUGAGCAUAUUACAGCACAAGCCAUUUUAUCGUUAAGUGCCCCUCAGAGGAAUUAUUUGCCAGGAGGCCGGAGAGUUCUGUAGAUUUGGGAGAAGCAAAGAGAGAAUGUGUGAGCUGGGCACUGUCUGAGUAUCUUGAGCGCCCUCCCUUUAUCACUCAGACGGUUGGCACUACUCCAGCCGCACCUUGCAGGGUGGAGGCGAGAUGCCCCCGGUUUAAAGCCUUUCGGUAUUUGUUUUGAUGUCAGGCUCUGUGGUCUGGGGGAAAAUGAGUCUGUAAACAUUAAUUGUUGAUUCGGGCUUUGUCUUUGAUGCUUUCUAUCUGCAAUUAUCGUCAUGUGUAUUUAAGUGUCUGUUAUAGAAAACCCACACCCACUGUCCUGUAAACUUUUCUCAGUGUCCAAAUUCUGUGUAAUCACAUUUUAAUUGCCACCUCGUAUUUCACCUCUACAUUUGAAACCUGGCUUCUGUUUCAAACCAGU